GCUCCUUAGCUAUCAACACACUUGGUUACAUUGAAUCUACUAUUCUACCAUUACCAGACCGUGACCUACAUUGCUCACUACGACGUCCUGAUCCACUCGAUCAUACACCACACGCCUCGGACCUACCCUAUACCCUUAGGUUAGACCCGACCGUCACACUCCAUAACUCACGUUUCGAAGACCGAGUUCUUCUCAGCCUUCUACGCUGCCCACAAAGCCGCCAUAACAAGGAGUAAUAUUGAGGGAGGUUUUCGAGGGGCCGGACUUGUUCCCUUGAACCCAGAAAAUAUCAUAUCGAAGCUUGAUGUGCAGCUACGGACUCCAACACCGGUGAGGGAGGAGAUCAGCCUUCCCGACCCUUGGGUCUCGAAGACCCCAAAGACUAUACUUGAAGCUAGCUCUCAGUCUGAAUACCUCGAAAGACGAAUGAGAAGACAUCAGAGCAGCUCUCCAGCAUCAAUUCUUGAGGCGCUGAAGUCACUUUCAAAGGGAACGAAGGCAAUAAUGCAUCAGAACGCCCUAUUGAAGUCUGAG